GAUUAAUGAAAUAAACAAAAGGUUACCAUUUAAACGGUAUCCAUAUGUCAGUUAUAAAAGCGUCAUUGACAUCGCAUUUCCAAACUGAAAGUAAUGAUUAUUUCCAGAAGUUAUAUUCAGAUCAUAACCCAUUUGGGCAAUGACGUCAUAUUAAAACCAACUGUUCUUGCCGUUGUUGAGUCAUUGGGUACACAUUUUCUACUUACAUGCCGUAGUAUUUUAUAACAAAGACAAAUAAAUAUUGAUCCCACAUUUCUUCAAUAAGACUACACCUGUGUAAAAUUUUUAUUGUUUUCUACCUAACAAGAUGUACAUAAAAACGAGUAUCUGUUUAUUAAAUGAAAAAUGAAUGCGGAUGAAUAAAUGUCGGAAAAAAUUUCCUCAUGCACGUUGUGCUGACGCGCGUCAAAUGUUCAAGACAAUUCGGGGAAUGAUCAUGCAACAAAUAGCUGGAAAAUUUUCCCGAGCACUUUGUGCCGACGUGUGUCAAAUAUUCAAGCCGUCUAGGUCGUACAUGGUGUUUUGUUAUGUUUACGCUGUUGUGAAUAAGGGCCAUCUGGCACACUGUCACAUGAUACAAAUGUAUACCAGUCUUUUUUAAACAGCUUUUAAUAAGUUUUGCAACAUUGUAACGUAAUGAACUAAAAUGGAUUAUGUUGAUAUCAACAGUCGUUUAAAUGUUUACUGUUUUUGUAAACAUUUUUGAGAAAACACGAAAUGCCACCAUUUAAACGUGAUACUCAUAGUUUCUAUAAAUGAUGUAAUUAUUUCAUUUCUUUAUACUUAAACAGUUCAAAUGUCAAGUCCUAAGCUUCGUAUGAUUACAGUUUUUGUCAUCAAUAUAAAGUUAAACUUAUUAUGCUGAUGUGCAAUGAUUGGCAUCAUUGCGUUUUCUAACUAAUUUGCAUGGUUAUAUAUUUUAUUUAAGCGUGUGGAAUAUUUUACAGAUUGUAGGGAAUUGUAAUUGCAAACUUUUCAUUUUAAUCUUGAGGCAAAGCAUGAAUUUUCCUUGUGUAUUCAUUCAUGUAUAUUUGUGAUUUAUUUACACAGACAUUCGCCAACUCUGUUUUCAAAGGUGCCAAAUUUUCUUGUGAUCGUUUUCGCCAUGCAUUGUUGAGAGACUUGCGGAAGAUGGAUGUUCAACAGCUGUAUCUUCAUCUAGGCUCAAAUGACAUUCUUACGAAUGAAGCGGUGUUUUACCGAGAUGUAGCUGACUUGUGCGUUUUGGUGCAUCAGGAGGCGCACAAUCGGUGUCCAGAAUGCAGGGUUGUUUGCUCCAACGAAGACGCUUUGCUGAGCCACUUCUGCAGUCGCCACAUCAAGCAACCAGAGACUGGAAAAGAGAGUAAAAUUAAGCUGAUAGGCUCACCAAUGAUUGCAUCUGCUAAUCAUGAACUCAACGAAGUCAGCUCAAGGAAGUGGAAGGCAUGCUUGGAAAAUAGAAGUUUCCAUUAUGAAGGAACAUACAAACAUUUCCCACCCACCAUGUGGAUCAAGAUGUUUGGGCUGAUGAUUCUGGGUCGUAUGUGUGGACAAGGUGGUCUUCAUUACAUCAUGAUGCAGCUGUGUAUUCAACAACAUGUUAACCUGUCCCAGCCGAUGUUGAUGCUCUUAAAUGAUGUUGAGAACAAUCCAGGACCGGAGUAUUCGUGCAAAUGGAUAUCCUGCAAGGAAGACUUCCACUCCAUAGGACAGCAAGAUGCACAUAUCAUGUCUCAUGUGGUUCAAGAGAAAUGCUGUAGAUGGGGAGACUGUACCAAAGUCCUGAGCUUUAAUAGUCUUGAAAUCCAUGAACUUAAACAUCUCUAUGAUGUGAGUUUAGCACUGUGUAUGAACUGGUGUUGCUUCAUUUUCUGCAUAUCUUUAUCUCAGUCUUCUCUAGUUUUGAUGGUCAAAUACAUAUUGUCUGCCAGUUUUUUUCCCCCAAUACUGCCGUUCAUCGUUUGCUUGCAUCAAGAGUUUUAAAAGAAAUUAAAACUCAUUUGUUUAGUUAGAAUCUUAUGAAAGACUUAAAUGGCCAUGUUUAAUACAAUUGUAUAACAACAUAUACGAGCUAAAAAAAUAGUUGGAAUAAUUAAUGUAUAUAUGAACAUAACAAAUUUACUUAAAAUCAUAGGUCUUGUUUUUGUCUGCCACUAUAAGAACCAGAACAUAUUUCGGACAUUCGAGGAUUGACUUGCUGUGUAAGAGGAUCAUCAGGUGAUGGAAGAAACCAGGCUUUUUUCGACUCAAUGUUGAUGAAACCUGAUCGACAUGCUCAUCUUGGUUGAGUAAGCCUGGGUUGAGUGUGUCCAAAAAGUAGGUAACCUGGUGAAAUCUUAGGAAAACAUUGUAACCAGAUCCAGGUUUAUUUGACUGACAGACCGAUGGACAGUGGGUCAACCGUAAAUCCCUUCAUGUGAAAACGGUAGGGACAAAAUAAAUAUCACAUUGCUCUUCUGAGUUCAUUUGUAAACCAAGUUUUAUCACAAAAUUAAAAUGGUCAAUGUAUUAUUUUGUGUAUUUAAAAAUUAUGUGAAUAUUAAGUUUCAUGAAAUCUUACUGAGUUUUCUCAAUUUUAGCUACUAUUCGGACAUGGACUGACGGACAAAUGGGCAACAAUGUCGCAAUUUGUAUACCAAGUUUUAUAAGAAUUGUUUCAUAAAAGUAACCAAUGUGUCUGUUCUAUGUCAAGGUAACUACUAGGAUGAAAUACACAAAAAGAUUUU